AUGCUCCACAAGUUUCUCUUUGACGUUGCAAUCGACUAUCGCACCACCACAGAGUUUUAUCUCCACACACUGCUCCUCUUGAUCCUCCCCAUCUUGGUCGGCUCCUUCCAAAACUUGAAGCAGUAUCAACGAUGGAUUUCGUACUAUAGUAUCUACACAUGGGUCAUCGAAGAUGAAAUCUACAUCCUCUCUGAUAUAACCAUCUUUGUCUACAUGGAGGUAGUUUUCCAACACUACUUGAAGGCCAUCGCUGGCGGACAGUCAAUUCCCCGCAGCAUCUACUUUUCCUCGUGGGUCUCCAACACUACGUUCGAGUCCUACAUCACCGCACACCGAUCAAAGGAGAAUGCCAACGAUAAUGAGGAGAGCAGCAACAAGAGGCAACCUGCACCCAUUACGACUGCUAGCACUACCACAACCACAAGCAGGAGCACAACCACUGCGACAAUCAAGACUAAACUCGGAUACCUCCUCGCCACCACUGUCCUCCUCGUCACCGUCUACCAAGAUAUUAAAACCAAAUACAUGGACUACAUUUGCCGUGACAGUUGGGACUUCUUCGACCCCUCCUUCGUCUCAACCGCCAACUACCUCACCCAAAAUCCCAACAGCCCCGCCUACUGCUUUCCAACACUAUCCACCUUCGAAAUGGCCCUCUUCCGAUGCUCACCCUCUUUCCAUUACCACCUCUCUUCCUUCUUCCACAUGUCUUUUACUCGCCUCUCCGCUCUCUGUUUUGCCCUCGCAUGGUCCACCAUCCCGACCACCGUCGUCGUCGCAGCCUGGAGACAGAUGUGGAACAGUCCUUCUAGUCAUAGGUUCAGGAAGGUUCAUUAUAUAAUCUUCAUGUACCCGCUCAAGGCAGCGGUUCUUUUUUUGAUUUUGUAUUAUACCACAGAUCAACAAGAGGAAGCUGAGGGUGCCGAUUAUUCGGCAUCGAGUUGGGUUGAUGUUGAAGCAAAGUAUUUGUUGGUGUGGUUCGUUCUCUUUAGAGCUGUAGCUAAGCUUGCGUUUGGGCUGGGGCUUAUUUGGAACUUGUACGUCGCACAUUCCAAGGACGCUACCAUUGACAGCAUUCCCUUCUCACACCAGGAGGAGAGGAAGGAGAUGGAGCAGCAGGCAUAA